AUGAGACAAAAGCAACCACUUACAACCGGUGGAGGUCCAUCGGUCCUAUUAUUCAUACUACUACUGUUCUGGCCCAGUUUGUCGUCUAGUGAACUGAUUCCGUUUCCUGCCGCCGGUGACGCCGAGUCCGUAUGCGUCGGUGUGAAUGCUGGCAUCUUUCCACAUCCGGAUCCCACGCUAUGCCACGUCUACAUUUCCUGUACGUUCGAGCAACCGAUCGUGUACCAGUGCGCGGACGGGCUCGUCUUUGAUCCGCUUUCGCUACGAUGCAUCCCGGGUGAUCGGGACCAGUGUGAAGAACGCAUCGAGCCAGACUGGCAGCAGAUAUGUCAGGGUGUUUCAUAUGCCUUCCAUCCUCACCCGUACACCUGUUGGAAAUUCGUGUUCUGUAUAUUUGGUGAGGCCAACAAAUUCGAGUGUCCAGCAGCUGAAAUCUGGUCUCGUCAGCACGACGCCUGCAUGCUAGGCGAUCGAGACACUUGUGAAGUGCUAGACGUGGCCAACUCCUGCCAGGGUCAGCCAGAUGGCGUGCUGCCUCAUCCAACCGAUUGUCGCCUAUUUCUGGAAUGCUUAAAUGGUCACACCACCGUGAAUGAGUGCUGGCGUGGGGAAAUCUUCGACCCAGCGCAGGGACGGUGCGUUCUUGGUAAUACCGCCACUUGUGAGCCCGUAGAAGGACUCUGUCGUGGCGUGACCAAUGAUCUGCGACCUCAUCCAAACGAUUGCCAUCUGUUCGUGUUUUGUUCACUUGGACAAGAGACCGUGCUUGUCUGUCCACCAAACGAGAUCUUCCGACCGGACAUCCGAUUCUGCGUACCAGGAGAUCGAGACACCUGCGAAUAUAGUGACGUGGAAACGGCGUGCAUUGGUCGUCCAGCUGGAGUCGUACCUCAUCCGGACUCCUGUGAGCUGUACCUCUCGUGUAGCAACGACGUAGCCACCAUCCAAACCUGUCCAGCUGGAACCAUAUUCAAUCCACAAACCGGCUCAUGUGCCAUGGGAGAUCGUGACACCUGUCUCGUCACUGAAGGCUUGUGUACGAUGCAACCGGACGGGAUAGUCCUGGAGCAUCCGUUCCAGUGUAGUAUGUUCGUCCUAUGCCAGGGAGGCCUCGCGCAGGUCCGUCCAUGUCCACCUGGCGAGAUCUUGCGUGUGGAGGCGCAAUUCUGUGUGCCGGGAGAUAUCGCCACCUGCGAACGCUUCCCAGUCGAAACGAUGUGUCAAGGACGAGAUGGUGGUUUCUUACUUCCACACCCAGUGGACUGUGGAGCGUAUGUGCAGUGUUCGGGAGGCAUUGCUCUGCAGAUUGACUGUUCACCAGGGCACAUUUUCAUCGCACCCGAGCAGGGCUGUGUACCGGGCAAUACGCAGACCUGCACGCCUCUGACCGGUGUAUGUGCGGACGUACCCGAGGGAGCAAUUCUACCGCUUCCAGAUAGCUGUUAUUACUUCAUCUGGUGCCAGGAUGGUCGUCCCACAGUCAACGCCUGUCCAGUUGGAGAGAUCUUACGACCAGAUGCUCAGUUCUGCGUACCAGGUGAUCGGAAUACGUGCACGUUUGAGCCGAUCGAACGGAUGUGCUUGGGUCAGGUGGACAACACGCGUUUUCCACAUCCAACAGAUUGCGCGCUGUUCGUGACGUGUCAAGCCGAGGCCGUACUUGUCCAGAGCUGCCCGGCUGGAACGAUUUACAACGCACCAACGCGAUCCUGCAUUCCAGGUCUUGCCGACACCUGCGAGCCACUGACCAACUUCUGCUAUGGUCUUCCUGACGCACCAAUCGCUCACCCGACCGUUUGCACUGGGUACAUCAACUGCGUUGCGGGUCAAGCCGUGUUCGAGGUGUGUUCUCCGGGAACCGUUUUCAACCCGGAGCUGGGUGGAUGUGUCGUUGGGAACACGGACACGUGCGUUCGAUCGGAAGGCAUGUGCGUUGGUCAGCCGGAUGGUGCCAUUCUGGAACACCCGAAUGAGUGUGACUUGUACGUGGUGUGCUCUGGAGGCAACGCCAUAGCCGCACGGUGUCCUGCUGGCCAGAUCCUGGACGUUCAGGCGAUGUUCUGUGUACCUGGAGAUACCAACACCUGUCAGUUCGCUCCGGUUGAAACCAUGUGCCAGUCGGCGUCAGAUGGGGCAGUGUUUCCUUACCCGAACGACUGCAACCGGUUCGUGCGAUGUGAAGGAGGCCAAUCGACGGUGUCCAACUGUCUUGCAGGACACAUCCUGGAUGUUGCAACCGCAACCUGUCGGCCGGGCAACACCGAUACCUGUGCCUUCAUCGGGGAAGUGUGUCAGGGUCGCCCAGAUGGCUGGGUGAUCGAACAUCCAAAUGAAUGUGGUGUUUUCAUCUGGUGUCAAGGAGGCGUUGUGUCCGUUCAGCCUUGUCCUCCUGGCGAAAUUCUACGCCCAGACGCACAGUUUUGCGUACCAGGUGACUCAGUCACAUGCAUCUUCGAUCCGGUCGAGCGAAUGUGUGAUGGCCGUCCGGAUGGUCUCAUCUAUCCACACCCUACCGACUGCCGGCAGUUCGUGCGGUGUGAAGCCUCACAACCCAUACUUGAGUCCUGCCGACCAGGCACGAUCUUCCAAAUUGCGACACAAUCCUGUGUGGCUGGCAACGGGAACACCUGUUCGUUACUGGAUGAUCUGUGCGUUGGUCAACCAGAUAGCGUUCUGCCACAUCCAGAAGGUUGUGAACUGUUCCUCAUGUGUACGUCUGGUGUGACGUCGGCUCUGCGGUGUCCUGAAGGCGAGAUUCUGCAUCCGGAGUUCCUCGUGUGUGCUACGGGUAAUGCGGCCGAUUGUAGUCUCGCACCUGUUACGACUGAACCGCCGAUCAUCUCUGUGUGCGAGGGACGACCUGAUGGCAAUUACACGCACCCGCUGCUGUGCUACCUUUUCAUCCGCUGCACUUCCGGUGUCACCGAGAUCCUCACCUGCCCUCCGAACCAAAUCUUCGUCGGUGCCAUUCGAGAUUGCGCGCCGGGCAAUCAGGAGACGUGCAUCCCGCUGUAG